GGCUGGCAAAGCUAGCCAUUUUCCACUUGACUCCGGAAGCAGCGAGUUCUCAAUAAGCAAGAUGUCCAGCCGCCGCCCCGCUACAGUCACCCUCAUGCUCCUCCUGUUGGUGAGAGUGAGCUUGGCGGAGCCCAAGAGAUCCCUAUGGCUGGAAGCCACGACGGACGAGGUCAUCACUCAGGAGACGAAGGUAUUGACCAUUGAGAGUGUGGUCAGCACGGUAGUGACCACCGUCUACCACGCCGUCACGGUCUACCCGACCUGCACCACCACUGUGGUGGGCGUGACGGCCUGCGCCCCAAUGAAUGCACACCUUACUCACCUUAUUCAGCCUCCCGCCAGCGACCAGCACUCGCGAGCGUCAUCUGUGGCCAGUGGAGAGACGACGAGCUUCGACGUGGUGGAGAUGGUGAUGCCCUCUUGUGACUGUGGGGGCGGGGAGGGCCGUCGGCCGCGCCUCCUUCACAACCAACUCAUCACCAUCAAGUCCUUCAAGUCCUUGACAGUAGACAGACUCACCACCACCACCGACCAGUCCACCACCGUCUCCAUCACCUACGACGGCUGUGUUCCCACCGACGCCCUCACCACCACGGCCUGCCACCUCCUCUGAGCCUCCACUCCCAAUAUUCACACCUUCACAUAACAUUUAUCAAGAAUUUCGGGUUAUUCAAGACUCUUCAGCUGUCGGCUCUGAUAUUACGGGAUUUGUGUAUAUUGCUUGUUUGUAUAAUUUUUAUACACGUGUAUGUAGCUUACUGUUUACAGUGUUGAGGUGGCCAUUGUGUCAGGACGUUCUUCAACUUUUGGCAUUAUUAGAUAAAUGAAUAUAAAUAUCUCAGUUAACGAAUGUAUGGUUAUGUUUCUAGUAUAAAUUACUGCUCUUGCUGCAGUAGACGGUGGAACCUUUGGGUCUAGGACUAUAAUGAAUAAUGAAGAUUAAA